AUGUAAGAGAUUAGAAUCCCCAUCAGGUGGCGACCUCACACCAAAUGGCGUUGGGCGCGUGUAACGCCCCUUUUGAAACUAGCGAUAUCAGACAUGGUAUGCAUUUCUAACAGUUGCCGAGUCAUUUUUAAGGGAAAAGCCUGCUGUUCAAUUCAGAUACAAAAAUUGGACUGUGUUCAGAUCGAGUAUCUCUAGACUUCUGCACAGGUUGCAAACCACGUGACCCAAUGCGGAAGCUGGCACAAUUGUAGUCGAAAAGGGGAGUGGAUACAGAAGUGAAUGUUCGCAGGUGGUCGGAAUAAACUACACAUUUCGACUCCAGCGCCCCACUUUGUCCUACGGCAGCGUUUACAGUGCAAAGGCGCACGAUCCUCCAAUAAACAGAUUCUGAACUGCGAGGGUGUAUUUGAGGCCAGCCAGUGUUGAGAGAGAUGAACGUGCUGUAAGCAUCAGUGGGACUAAGACAGACACCGGGAGUUUGUGGAAGUGCCUGUGUGGGGAUGGCAACAGCCAGAAAGAAAUCCACAGCGAAGACGGGGGGCGUGCGUUUCUCCGAGGAAGCGUCCGCUGCCCCCUCCCACGUGCACUUUGACGAGAAACUGCACGACUCGGUCGUCAUGGUGAUCCCGGAACCCGAUGGCAACUUCCUGGUCAAGGUUGGCUUCCUGAAGACCCAGCACAAGUAUGAGAUUGUCUUUACCCUGCCGGAGGUCCCCUUCCUGGGGAAGGAUGUGUGCCCUGCCCCCAUCCCCAAUCCUCACCUCCGCAUCACAGACACAUCCCCAGGAGCAGACGGGGGUUUAAGGGUGACGUGUGAGUACGUGGCCCAACAUGAGGGGGUGCUCUGUGAGGAGGUGCUGCUGGUGAGCGAGACCAAGGAGGACGUGUGCAUCAGGGUCAAAGUUCACGCCAGAGUCAUGGACCGCCACCAUGGCACCCCUAUGCUGUUGGAGGGAGUGCGCUGCGUGGGAGCAGAGCUGGAGUACGACUCUGAACAGAGUGACUGGCAAGGAUUUGAUUAGAAGAGAUCUCGAGAACUGCCACCCAACAUUCUCCCAAGCACACACGCGUACACACAUACACAACACAAACACACACUGGCACGAAUACACACACAAAAGACAGUGUCACGUGUGACAUUUCACCUUAUCCUCAAUCAUCCCGACAUGCCCUUGAUUCUUAAGGAGACCAGGGCAGACAGUGGACAAUGGUUUAAUCUGUCUGAACCAGAACAGGAAUGACAUGAAUACCUAAGGUAUAUCUAACACAAGCCUGAUUUCCUCUCAAAUAGAUUUAUUUACUUAUACUUAUUUUAAACUACUUUGAAUGUUACUCUGGUACUGCUUCUGUGUGUUUGUAUGGUCUCUCAGUCAUGGAUCUAAUACUCAGACAUCAUGAGUUUGUCAGUCUUCAACAUUGUUUUGAGACUUAUCCAGCCUAUUAUAGUUAAUAAUUAUCUCCAAGUAAAAUCUGUCUCCCAAGGGCCGUCGUGACUCACUCCUACCACUGGGGGGCGCUCAAGACCUCACUGUGCUCGCCUCUGAGUAACUGAGAAAUGUGCGCGAUUGUUUAAUCCUUUUUGGGGACUUGGUUUUCCAUUUGAAAUGCAAGUGCCUAUUUUGCUCUCCAGUUAAAAGCUUUUACAUUUUUUCAGCUCCCAGGGCUUUGAAAAAGUCUGUUUUUAUCAAAUACAAUUUUACAUUUAGAAAAAAUAUAUAUAUUUUGACAUGACUCCUGAAAUAAUUGAUUGAGUGCAUGAUUGAUUGGCAGCAUGAGCUACUGGGUGGGCAGAAUUCAACACUACACCCUUAUAGAUGUUCCCUCCUCUCUCCCCCUUUCAAAUGGAUCCUGUGUCACAAAUCAACACAAAUAUCCUAAUCUUACCAUCUUCAUGUCCCCUCUAUGUGCUUUAGAUGAGUUCAGCCUUAAAGUAUUUUGGGGGUGAUUUCUGGUAAAUGUAGUCUGUUGCAAAGAAGCCCGUCUGCUGGUCUUGCACCAUGACAGACCAGAGAUAUCCUGGUUGAGUGUUUGGAGUAGGAUUAGGGGUGUGGGGAAAAACAUCCUAAUUUGUGAAGCAACUGUCCAGCCAGGAAUGUAGCAUCUAGAAUUAGUCGAUACUGUGUUCCCUGUGUUUGUGUGACAGUCUUUCCGUGUUUUUCUUAUGCCAUGAAUGAAAUAAUAAAUGGUACUGUUGAACAGAAA